CUCCAAUCCUCCUCAACGACCAUGUCUACCUCGUUCGGCGCUGGGCUCAACCUCCAGGCUUCGCUGUUCCAAGAGGUCGACCCUGUGGCGACGUCGGGCGCCUCGCUGACCAUCAAGAUCACAGUCGAGUUUACUGACCCCAAGACCAAGGCCAUUAACUCGCGGACAAAGUCUAUGAAGUUUGAUAAUACGACGUACGUGCACGACGCUUGCGUGGCGAUUGCGGCGAACUUUGGCCUCGAGCACUCGCCAGACAAGGGCAUGUACUUUCUCUCGGGCCACGAUCUGACCAAGUGCUACUGGCUGGACCCGACCAAGACGCUGCGGUACUACGACAUUCACAACCUCGACGAGGUGGUGUACAAGUCGCGCAACCGGCCGCUGCGGGUGUACCUCAUGGACGGCUCGCGCAAGGUGGUCAUGAUCGACGACUCGCACGUUGUGUCGCAGAUUGUGGAGACCAUCUGCGCGCGGCAGGGCAUUUCCAAGCCCGAAGAGUUCUCGCUGCAGCUCUUUGACGAGGAGGCCGACGAGGAGACGCGCAAGGCGCGCGAGAAGGCGGCCAAGGCGGCCGGCGAUGACGAGUGGCUUCGCGGCAACGCAACGCUCCACGAGCAAGCCGUGCCGGACACGUCUGCGGUGCUUCUCAAGAAGAAGUUCUUCUUCUUUGACGCCGACGUGGACACGUCGGACCCGCAGACACUCAACCUGCUGUACGAGCAGCUCCGCGAUGACAUUGUCAACGGGCGGCUUGUAGUGCGGCAGGACGAGGCGGUUAUGUUUGCCGCGCUCAUGUGCCAGAUCAUUCUUGGCGACCACGACCCGUCACGGCACAACAAGAAGACCACGUCGGUCAUCUCGUACCUGCCGAAGGAGUUCCGCAAGGUCAAGCGGAUCGACCGGCUUGUCUUUGCCGAGCACAAGAAGCUGCUGCGGAUGUCGGGCCACGACGCCAAGUUCCGAUUCAUCCAGCUCGCGCGGUCGCUCGAGACGUUUGGCGUCACGGUCUUCCACGCGCAGGAGCCCAAGCUCGACAAAAAGGGCAAGGUGACCAAGAAGUUUGAGCCGGUCCUCCUCGGCAUUUCCAAGUCGCACCUGUUCCGGCUCGACCCGAUCAGCAAGAUCCCGCGCGAGGAGCCGUUUGCGCUCACCCAGCUCCGCCGGUGGGCGCCGUCCAAGUCGUCGAUCACGCUCGACUACGGUGACCACAAGAACGAGUACUACACGGUGCUGACGGACGAGGGCGAUGCCAUUUCGGCGCUCAUUGCCGGCUACAUCGACAUCAUUCUCUCGCAGCGGCGCGACCGCGCGCGCGACCUCGAGGAAGACGAGCAGCGCGCUAUCGAGGAGGAGAUGAUCACGCCGGCGCGGGCGUCGGGCGUGGCGCGGCUCUCCAAUCCGCGGCGGACCAUGACGUCGUCGUCGGUCGCCGCGCCGGGGCGUCGCGCCACCCGCGUCCGGGCAUGUCGGGUCUCGACGGCGCAAGCGACCAGCGCAGGCUCUCCAUUUCGACGGUGACUGACCUCGACGCCGAGCUCCGCCGCUGCGCUCAGGUCCUCUCCUCGUCCAAUGUGGGCGCGUCGGCCAUGUCGGCCGACACCUCGGGUGGCAGCGAGAUGGAUCUCGACGCGCUGCCGGACGAGCUCAAGGCGACGAACCUGCAGAACGCGCGCGACAUGCUCGCCGACAUCCUCGGCGACCUCUCGACUGAGACUGCCCUCGCGCUCGACUCGGCGCUGGCUGCAGGCGCCGGGCCGGGCUCGGCCUCCAAGACCGACCUCACGGUAUCGGCGCAGCGGCUGGUCCAGCUCAACGACGAGCUCAACGACGCGGUGCGCAACGCGGCGCGGCUGAUGGAGGCGUCGAACGAAGACAACGACGGCCUGCUCGAGGCGUCGGCCCAGGUCUCGGCUCAGCUCUCGUCGAUGCUCAACCUCGCGACGCUCUCGCUCGACGACGCGCCGGGCGCAGGCGGCCUGGACCUCGACUCGCUGCUCUCAGCGGCCCAGGAUCUGGGCGUCGCGUUCAACGGCCUGCUCGGCGCCGGCGGCGUGCCGGACGCCAAUCCACUCUCACUUGACUCACUUCUCGAUGCGGCGUCUGCGGUCCGGACCGCGCUUGACGAGCUGGCGGCGCCGUUUGACAGCGCGCUCGAGUCGUCGGCCGAGGUUGACUCGGCUGAGAAGGAGAAGCUCGUGUCAGCGCGCGUCAAGCUCGACGCCGACGCUGCCGCCAUGCACGGCGCGAUUGCGGCUUCGGGCGCGACAGUGCUCGACCCGCAGAACCAGGGCAAGCUCAAGGACCGUGCGCUCGGUCUCAAGACCUCGCUCAACCAGCUGCUCACGCUAGCCGACAUGGCUGGGCUCGACGAGCUCGGGCUCGGCAACCUGAAGGCGGCGGCCGAGGCGGUGGCGCUGGCCAUCAAGGACCUUGCCGGCUCGAUCGACACCGUCUCGGACAACAUCGACCGGACCGAGGCCAUUGUGCGGGCGGCGUCCGAGCUUGACGCUGCGGUGGUCCUUGUCGUCAACGCUGCAUCGUCCAAGCAGGCACUCGGAGGUGCCAAGGCCGCGGCAACGGCCGGCGUGGCGCUCGCCGACCUGGCCGAGGCCGAGGCUGAGGCCGAGACUUUUGCCGGCUUUAAGGAUCCGCUCGUAGCCGACAACGAGGCACUCCGGGCAGCGCUGGCAAGCCUCAACCAGGCGGCGCGCGAGGUCAAAAAGUCACCCGAGUCCAAGGAGGCCAACGACGCGCUUCGUGCUGCGGCCAACGGUCUCGCCGAGCACGCUGCGGCGAUCUCGGGGGCGCGUGCUCGCAAGCGCACGCUCUUCAACCUCUCGCGGGCGGCCAAGUCGUCGGCAGCGGCGACGGCGGCGAUGGUCGACGCAGUCGAUGUCGCUGGCGAGUCGUCCAACUCGUCGGCCGAGGGCCGGGCGCGGCGCGACGCCGAAAAGGCCGCGGCGCCCAACGCAGCGCUCGACGCGGCGGCGAUCAAGUUCUCGAUCGAGCCGACGAGCCUCGAGAACCAGAAAGACCUGCUGGCGGCGGCCAAGAAGGCCGCACCACCGACAUCGCGGGCGGUGCUCUCUGCCAAGGGCGCGGCGCCAGCGUUUGAGGACCCGACGGACGAGGAGGCGGUGGCUGGCGCAGCGCGCCACGCCGGACAGGCGCAUUCGGCGCUGGUGGCGGCGUACAAGGCUGCGCGCGAGGCGUGCUGGGACCUCGAGGUCGACGCGGCGCUGGCCAAGAUUAAGGCCGAGCGCAGCGAGGUGGUUGGCGCCAAGAGCAAGGCUGCGAGCGGGGAGCUUGCGCCCGAGUCGGAGUUCAUCACGGUCGACUCGGCGUCGUCCGAGCUGCAGUACGCGAUGCAGGCGCUUGCCGAGACUGGUGACAACAUUGUGCACGCACACGCGAACCUCGCGCCGGAAGAUGUGGGCGCGGCGGCCAAGGAUGCGGCCUCGAAUGCGUCGAUGCUCGCCGGGGCGGCAGUCAACCUUGCGGCGCUGGCUCAGGGCGAGGCUGCAGCGGAUGCGCAGGGUGCCAAUCUCGACGCGACGGCGGCGGUGCUCAAGAGUCUCGGGCUGCUGCUUGCCGGCGUGCGAAAGGCGAGCUCGGACCCGAGCGCGGCGGCGGCGCUCAAGGCGGCCAACGCGCAGCUGAAGGCCGAUGUCGACACGCUGACUGAAGCGCUUCCUGGCGUGGGCGACUGCCUACGGACUGAGCGGGUCAUUGCGGCGCGUGCGGCGCAGUUGGAUCUCGCCAACCUGCCGCCGGCGCCGCCGUCACUCGACGGGCUCUCGGACUCGGUUCUGGGAGCGGCACGGGCGCUUGCUGCGGCGCUGGCCAAACUGCCGUCGGCGACGCUGUCGGACGCGGCCGAUGAGCUUGCGGGUGCAGCCGAAAAGGUAGAGGGUGCGUACGGUAUGCUGCAGGAUGCGGUGGAGACUGCUGCGGCAGGACUCUCGCUGCCGUCGUCGCAGGCGGCGCUUGUGGGCGCGACGGCCGAGGUGGCUAGCGCGGCGCAGGCGCUUAUGGCGACGGCGCGGGCAGCUGCCGGCGACGCCGAUGACACCGAAGCGCCAGCCAAGCUUGCGUCGGCCAACGAGGCAGCGGCGACAGCGGUGGCACACCUUGUUGCCACUGUCGAGUCGUCGUCGUCCGAGACCGAGUCUGAGUUUGACGCGGUGGUGGCGGCCAUUAUGGCGGCUGUCACUGAGCACUUGUCUGAUGCCGAGGGCGCAAGCAGCAGCUCGGGUGCGAGCUCGCUCGCAGAAGCGCUGGCGACGCUGAGCGCGCAGGCCGAAGCAGCGCGGGCGGCGGCGGCGGCGCUGGCCAAGGCUGCCAAGGCCGGUAAGGACGGCGACGAGCUGACGGCCCAGGCCCAGGCUGUGGGUGAGAGCGUGGUGAGCCUCGCGGCGGCGACAUCGAGCGCAGCGAGCGCAGUGACGAGCGGGAGCGGGAGCGGGAGCGGGAGCGCCGCCGUGCCAGCCGAUGGACCGGUGUUCCCGUUCAAGCCGUACGCGGCCAAGUGCGAGGGCAUCGAGACUGGGACCAAGGCGAUGAUGAAGCUGAAGAAGCCAAAAGCGAUGAUCAAGGCUGCAGCUGCGGUUGCCAAAGUCUCGGUCGGGCUGGAGAAGGCGGCGCGGAAGGCGGCCAAGGAGCUUGUGACGAGCCACGGCAAGGCGCUGGACAAAGGAAGCCUCAAGAGCGCCAAGGCGGUGCUUGGGUCGCUCGACAAGCUCAAGGCGGCCAACAAGGCGCUCGCCGAGGCGGCGGCCGGAGGCGUGGCAUCUGCCGAGGACGCAGCGGCGCUGGUGAAGGCGACCAAGGCGAUCCGGGCAGCCGAGCGCGAGUUUGCACAGGCGGCACAGGCGCUUGAGGCCUCACUCGCGCCUGCAGGCGCGAGUGGAGGCGGAAGUGCAAGCGGAGGCGGAAGUGCGAGUGCGAGCGCGAGUGCCAGCGCCAGCGAGAUGGUUGCGGCUGCGACGGCGGUGGCUGAGGCAGCGACGCAGGAGGUUUCUGCGGCCAAGGUACUUGCCAAGGGCUCGUCGUCUGCGGGUGCGGCGUCCAAGUCGCUGGUGGCGUCUGCGGCCAAGUCUGUGGCGUCUGCGUCGGAGAAGCUCGAGGCUGCGGCGCGGAACGCGAGCCCUGGGGCGCGCGAGAGCCAGGACGCGAUGGCGCGGAUGGGCGCGGUGGCGGAGGAUCUCGAGGAGACGACGAUGGCGGCGUCGAUCGGUGAGCUGGAGACGUCGUCGAAGCUCUCGCUGGCCAAGGCCUCGUCACGGGUUGUGGAGCUUGCCAACGAGCUGGAGCUCAAGGCCGGACAGCUGCGCGCGGCGGUGGCCGACGGCGCCAGCGGCGAAGAUGUUGGGCAGCGGGCCGAGGCUCUGGCGGCGCUGGUGGAGGAGCUUGCGCCUGUGGCCAAGGCGGCGGCGGCCAAGACUGACGACUCGGAGGUGCAAGCUUCGAUGCUGAGCGCGGCGGCAGCGCUCGCGCAGGAGCUGGUGCCGCUUGUGGCCGAGGCGAGCAAGGGGAGCGGGGAGGCGAAUGCCAAGACGCUCAAGGCAGCGGUGGCGGCGGUGGAGGAGGCCGGCGUGGCGCUCAAGGGCGCGGUGGGCGAGGCGUCGAGCGCCGGAUCGGCGAACGACAACCUGUCUGCGGCGGCGGAGCUUGUGGAGACGGCGGCGGCGCGGAGCGUGGGCAUCCAGCUCGAAGGCGGAGCAGCGCCAGCACGCGACAAGUCGAUGGCGUACGGCGACUACCAGCGGGCGAUCAAGAGCAGCGGGAAGAAGGUUGCGUCGGGCGUGCUUCACCUCGGCAAGGCAGCGAAGAAGGGCCAGGGCAAGAAGCUGACGUCGAUCGGGACGCAGGUUGCGGCGCUCUUCCCGGAGCUCCUUGCGGCUGUGGCGGCUGCGGCGCCGAUGAGCUCCAAGAGCCAAAAGCUGCUCGAGUCCGGAGCUGGGCUCGCGGCGCUGGUGGCGGACGCACUGCGGUCUGCGGCGGCGAUUGCGGAAGGUAGCGCGGACGCCAACGCCGGGGCGGCGCUCUCCAAGACGUGCGCGAGCAAGGUCGCCAAGGGCGUGAGCGCGCUACUGGCGACGGCCAAGGCCGAGGCGUCUGCGGACCGCGAGGCGGAGGAGGCGGCGAUUGCGAUCGAGGACGCACUCGGCGACCUCGACACGCUCACGUUUAUGGCGACGAGCGGGCAGUUGAAGAACUCGGACAGCGCCAACUACUCGGACUUCCAGGGCGCGAUCGAGACGGAUGCGGCCAAGAUCGGCAAGGCUCUGACCAAGGUGAAGAAGGAGGCAGGUGAGGGCAAUGCGGACGGAACGGGUGCGGCGGCCAAGAAGCUUGCGAGCGCUGUGGGCGGGCUGUUUGAGCGGCUUGAGCUCGCGCUGCCGACGCUGCCGGACCUUGGGGCGCAGCAGGCGCUCCUGGACGCUGCGCGCAACCUGGUGGAGGCGCUCUCUGCGCUGACAGGUGACGCGGUGGAGCUUGCGGGUGCGCCGGACGACAACGAGCUCGGCGAGCGGGUGAAUGACGAGGCCAAGGCUGCGCUCAAGGGCGUCAAGAUCCUGCUCAAGACCAACGAGGGCGUGGAGGAGAUGGCGACGUCUGGGCGCAAGGCGCUCAAGUCUGCGAUUUCCGUCAUCGAGCAGGCGCUCGGCUCGCUCGACGCGUCCGAGGCUGUGCCGGACGGGGCCAAGCCGUCUGUGAGCCCGGACGAGAUUGCGGACGAGGCGUCGGGCAUUUCCAAAGCGUCGACCAAGGUCCUUGUGGCGGCGAAAAAGUCGAAGGACAAGAUGGGCGAUGUUGCGACGGAGCUUGCGCGCAACCUGGUGGGCUUUGUGAUGAAGUGCAAGGAUGGGGCGGUGGCGGCGACACCCGAGGCGCGGGCGGCGUUCUACGAUGCGGUCAAGGGCGGGAUCGGGCACGUGGUGACGAUGCUGAGUGUGCUCAAGGCCGCCGGGUCUGACCUCAAGAAGAACCGCGCGGCACAGAAGAAGCUCCGGUCGGCAAGCUCCAAGGUGGCGGAAGGCAUUGCGGAGAUCUCGACGGCGGCGUCGUUCCUGGCCGGCGACGGCGAGAUGGACGAGACAUCGGCGGCACUGAAGGAGUCUGCGAGUGCGAUCGACGCUACUGCGAAGAAGCUUAACAAGCUGCGGCCGAAGCGCGGGCCAGACCGCGACACGCUCUCGUUCGAGGAGAGCGUGGUGGAGGCGUGCAAGACGAUCAUGGCUGCGGCGGCGACGCUGGUGAAGCGGUCUGUAGUGGUGCAGAAGGAGGUACUCGCCAAGGUGGCCGAGGGUGUGGAGGCCGGCUCGCCGUACAUGGUCGGCUCAGACUUUGAAGAGGGCCUCAUCUCGGGCGCGCAGCGUGUGCAGGCCGAGUGCAAGCAGCUGGUCGAGGUGGCCGGCGAGAUCAUUGCCGGCAAGCACAAGGACCCGCAUCUUGUGAUCAAGGCGGCGUGCAAGGGCGUGGUGACGUCGACGGUCCACCUCACGACGGCCGGGCAGGUCAAGGCCGGUGACUCGAAGCCGCAGGCGGCGAUGAAGUCGGCGGGCAAGGACGUCAAGUCUGCGGCCAAGUCGCUUGUCGAGAUUGCCGACGCCAACCGCAGGAGCGCCGCUGGCGACGACGGCUCGGACUCGGACAUUGAGCUCGCCGACGGCGAGGUCAUGGCCAAGCGCGAGGAGAUGGAGUCGCAGCUCGCGAUUCUGCAGGCGCAGGCCGAGCUCGAGAAGGCGCGGCGGCGCAAGGAGAAGCUGGCGCGGGCGCGGGCCAAGCGGCGGCGCGAGAAGGCCAAGGCUGCGGCAGGCAAGUGAAGACACAAGCAGUGGCGA